CUCGGCUUUUCUCAGUGACAGAUGCGUUUUGGGGCAUGAUCGUAUUGUUACCAAGCGCUGCUCGAGACGAAGCUGAGUACAGUACGGAAGACGACGACGCUCUCUGAUGUCGCAAGAAUUGUUUUCCAUCUUUUUUGCUUCGUGUGCAAGUAACCGCAUUGUACAUAUCCUCAUCGUGGCCUCAGUAUACGUCCAUGUGUCGGGACACAGCAAAGUAUUUGGAGCAACUUGUCCUGGCGUAUGACUUGACUCAAACAAGGUUCGGUGGACAUCGUUAUCCUGAGUGACAACAAGGAGAUCAAGGAGAUUUUAUCCAGGCCCGUGCUUCAGGACCGCCCAGCCAAGUGGGGUCUCAGCUCUACCCUAACAGGAUUUUCGGGCUUAAAUGGAGAACAAUGGAAACAAAACCGGGACUUUGUCAUGCGAACAUUGGCGAAGCUUGGACUCGGGAGCAAGAUCAUGCGUCAAUACAUACAGUUCGAAGCCCGGCAUCUAGCAGACAUUUUGGCUUCGCACCAAGGCCAUCCCGUGGCAAGCUUCAUGUACACGCAAAGAAGCCACAUUAACUCCAUCUGCCGCAUUCUGCUGGGAUACCGCUACGAUUUGGACGAUUCACGGUUCGCGCCGCUGCAGGAGGCUCUCUCUAGCUUCCGGCUACAGACCGCAGCUGCACCCAUUGAACACCGCGCUGCUUGGCUGCGACGUUGGCUGAUCGAGCCCCUCUGGCCUACCUCCAUCAGCGCAAACCGCCGUCGUAAUAUAUCCACACUCACCACCGUGGUCAGGGAACUAAUUGAGAUGAACGAGGACACAAAGAAUAACGGGCGUACGAAGAGUUACAUCGACCUGUACAUGGAGAAGAUGCACGAAGCAGGAAAAGACGAGAAACAGUAUUACACAGUGAAUGGCCUUGUCGGAAGCAUGAAUGACAUCCUCAUGGGUGGGGUCACCAGCGGUAAUCUUUACCUUCAUUGGAACCUGCUUAACAUAGCCAGCCGUGCGGAGACGCUGCAAGUCGACCUGCAACGAGAGAUUGACGCCGUGGUAUGUAGCGGUUGCUUACCUAGCUGGGAAGACCACACGUCUAUGCCACUGACCAUGGCCACCAUCUGGGAGACGUUCCGCUGGAAAUUGGGUACACCAUUCAACAUACCACGCGCAGUUGCAGAAGACACAAAGAUUGGUAAAUACGACAUUAAAAAAGGCACCGUGGUAUUCCCAAAUCUCAUGACAGCCCACAGGGACCAUAAUUUGUGGAAGAAUCCAGAAGAGUUUAACCCUUCCCGAUUCUUAAAUCCAGAUGGGAGAGCUAAGACAAGGAGACCCGAUGGUUUGCUGUCCUUUUCUGUAGGGAGAAGAUCGUGCCCCGGAGAAAACAUGGCCAUGGUUGAGAUGUUUCUAUACCUGACCACACUGCUGCAUCAGUUCCGCAUCCUUCCCGAAAGCGACAAAUCGAUCAUCAUUACACCAUUCGGUCCGUCUCCAGAACUACUAGAAACAAAACUACGGUUUCUUCGCCGCAACCACUAGUGACAAAAACAGCCGCCAAGGAGGUACCGCAAGGUAUAAUUGAAUAUGUAUGUGCGAGAAGCUUGACAGCAUUUCAAUUAAUUACGUAAGUGAUUACGCUUAUUUCAAUGGCGGAGAGUGAGACCAACCACCUGGAAAUGAAUAAAAAGUACAUAUGAGCAUUUCGAAUGUAAGAUGGUUCAAAUAUCUCAAUCUUCAUGGAAAUUGUAGGAUUAAUGUUGAAGGAUUUAAAAUGUGUGAAUGUAUAAAUACUCAUAAUAAAGACAGAGAAAGAAAGGGAAAGAAAGACAAGGAGGUUAGUCAUUGUAAAUACCGGCUGGCUACCCUGUACUGGGGAAAGGGGUAAAGCAAAUAAAAGGUGAUAGAAGAAACAAAUAA